UAGUCGCUGCAACUUGGAUUUCGGUGUUUUCUGCCAUCGCCUGCGUGUGUUGGCCAAGAAUCGUAAUCCUGUCCGACGAGGACUUCGCUGCUGGAACAUCACCUCCCUCCCUCCUUCUCCUUCGCCAUUGCAUUCUCGAUUUUCCUCUUAGCAUUUUUUGAGGUGCGAGCGGGGAAGGAAUUGGAGCGCGAGGAUAAGAAGCAGAAGAAGAAGGCGAAGCGCCGGAGGUUUGGAUUCUGAGGAUUGCGGAACCGAGAGUUGGCGUUGUGGUUGAGUGAAGUGCAGGAGGAGUUGACGGAGGAGCGAGAGACAGAUAUAUAUAUAUAUAUAUAUAUAUAUAGAGAGAGAGAGAGAGAGAGAGAGAGGGUUGCCUGUUGGAGGGGGGGGGAUAACGCGAGGCUCGAUGGCGAUCACUUGUGCCAGCAUCGGAGCUGGAAUCACCCGCUUGGUGUCUCCUGUGAGCACCAAUUCUUGGACGGGACGUCCUUGCGCGACCUGCAUGCUUGCAAGCUGCUCGCGGGUGACCGUAUCUAAGGGAGCAUUGUCGCUUUUGCCGUCUUUGGUCGGAGAAGAGCGGAAUGAGCAGGAGGACCGACGCCGCUUCAGUGGCCGCAGAAUGGUAUGCCGUGCUACUGGGGAUUCCGCAGGCGUCGUCGCUUCUGUUGAAUCAGAGGCUACUGAAGAGGAGCCAAAGCCGAUUGUGCUAAUUGAUCAGGAGUCGGAUGCGGAAGCCACAAUUGUGGAGAUCAGCUUUGGAGACAGGCUGGGUGCUCUGCUUGAUACGAUAAAAGCGCUUAAGGACCUGGGACUGAACGUCAUCAGGGGAGUAGUUACAACAGAGGGUCCCAAUUUGCGGCGCAAAAAGUUCUUGGUGACACGCUUGGAUAACAACAAAAAAGUGGAGGAUCCUGAGCUGCUGGAAGCCAUUCGCCUUACCAUCAUAAACAACCUGCUUCAGUACCAUCCUGAAUCUGGUGAGCAGUUGGCCAUGGGAGUUGCAUUUGGCGAAAACCCACCAAAGAAGGAGAUUGAUGUGGAUGUGGCCACUCAUGUUACUGUUACAAGGGAAGGUUCUCGAAGUUUGUUAUCAGUUGAGACGGCAGACAGGCCAGGAUUGCUGCUGGAGAUUCUGAAGGUUAUCUGUGACAUCAGCAUUUACGUGGAGUCGGCUGAAAUCGAUACGGAGGGGUUGGUUGCUAAGGAUAAAUUUUACGUCACUUAUCAUGGGGAAGUCUUAAGCAAAUCUAUGGAAGAGGUUCUGACGAAUGCUCUUCGCUAUUACCUGCGGAGACCCGAGACUGAGGAGGACAGCUAUUGAGCUCAUCUCUACUUGCGGAUUGUAAUUUAGUUCAACAAUAUGGUAGACUACAACUGUGUCGUAGAUGGGUCAUCACUUGGCUUUGGCAUUGAGACGGUCUGGGAAAAGACUCAUAAGAAUGAUCUCUAGUGAGGAUUAAAAAUCGAACACUCGAGCAGCUUUUGCUUGGUGUAUUCUGUACAUUUGAAUAUGGGAAGAAUUCUAUGUUCGUUGCCUUGUGAUA